UCUUGGCAAGUUAUCGCUUUGCCUUUCUCAUCACUAAAAACAGCGGCAUUUUAUUGUAAAAAUUAGAAUUUGUUAAUAAAAAGUAUAAUUAGAACUGUUCAUUAUGUCUUUUAUGAACCCCGUGGAUAUGGUGGAUGAGGACGCCGCCGACCUGCAGUUUCCCAAAGCUGAGCCACUGCUCAAGCCACAGGUCAAGCGGUUCACCCAUGCACAGCUGGAUGAAAACACCAGAAGUUCCUUGGUUUUGUAUAAUCCCCACACGCUGCACAGGUUUUUGGAGGAGCUGAAGGAAGUGACGCAUGAUAAAAAAUGCACUGUGCCAUCGGCUUCAAAAGAUGCAAAUCGAUGUGCAACGUGUCGUUGCAGUCUCGCAGAGCCGUACAUAAAGUGCUCCGAGUGCCUGGACACCCUGCUGUGCCUGCAAUGUUUCUCGCGAGGAAAGGAGGCCUUUUCCCACCGCAAUAACCACGCCUACAUUAUAGUCCGCGACAACAUACAGGUUUUCGCAGAAGAGCCGCAUUGGACGGCCCGGGACGAGCGAAUCCUGCUAAAGACACUGCGCACCCACGGCUAUGGCAACUGGGAGGCGGUAUCCCAGGCCCUGGACCAGCGCCACGAACCCGCUGAAGCGCGACGCCACUACCACGAUUGCUACUUUGGCGGGAUAUUUGAGCGACUGCUCAAUCUGCAGCACGCAAGGCAUAGCUAUGUUCCCGAGCGAAUGCCGUAUGUCUUUAAAAUGCGCAGCUUGGAUCCACCACGUCAUGACGAUAUCGCCUCAAUGCAGUUUAAACUAAGCGCAGGCUAUCGCUGUGCAAGAGGCGACUUCGACACUCCGUACGACACCUCCGCAGAGAGUCUCAUUUCUAUUAUGGUGGAUCAUAGGGACAGGGAUGACGACCACGAGACGCCUGAGAGCGAUUUUGAGAGUGAAGUGACAGAAGAAUUGCAGCUGGGACUGGUUCGGGCAUACAACAAUCGCCUCAGAGAGCGGCAGCGUCGUUACAAGAUUAUGAAGCAGCAUGGUCUCAUAAUGCCCAAUCGCACUGUCAGCUGGAUUUCCAAGUACGUGCACGCCUUUAGCAGUGACGCAAGUUGCAUGCGUUUCUUGGGCUUCAUGCAGUUAUGUCCCGACCCCAUUAAGUUCGAUAUGCUGCUGGAGUCCCUGCGUUAUUGUCGGGAGCUGCAUAGCCGGCUGCACAAACUAUACGAUCUGCGAGAGCACGGCGUUCGCACUCAUUCUGGAGCCAAACUAUAUGCCCGUCUGUGCAAAGAACGUCAGCAGGCUCAGCGAGAUUACAGCAGGCAGAAGCAAACAGAUGCUUUCGACUGGCAGCAAUUGGUGCAGCAUUACGAGAGUAAUAGGAGCGAUGAUCCCGGGCCCCUGUCGAUUAACUCGAAGUUAUAUGCUAUUAACACGCGGCGCAAGGCCAGUCCUAUUGAGAUUGGAGAUCUUCCUGGUUACACCAAACUGGAUGAUGGCGAGCGAAAGUUGUGCAGUGUGGCUCGUUUGGUUCCGCAAUCGUACUUGGACUACAAAAACCAACUGGUUACGGAACAAGCAAAGCUCGGAUAUCUGCGAUUGGCCGAUGCGCGACGUCUCAUUAAAAUAGAUGUGAACAAAACGCGCCAGAUCUACGAUUUUUUGCUGGAACACGGCCAUAUCAGCAGACCACCUUCUUAUGGCUAGCGCCAACAUUUUCUCCAAUGUUUCACUUAGUUCGAGAAUGCCGAGACGCUGCUGAUAUCGGAGGUGCACAUGCUUCUCGAUCACCGCAAGCGACAGAACGAAUCCGCCGACGAGGAGCAAGAGUUCUCCGAAGUCUUCAUGAAGACGUACGCCUACACGGAUAGUUUUCG